AUGAAGUGCGGCUGUUCAGGAAGGGCAGGAGCGAUCAACCUGCACAGCGCCGAGCAAACGUCGCUUUUCUGAUGCUGUUGGCUGGGUUUCCAUGCUCUGCGGUGCACGGUUUCGGCGGUCCAUGCCUCAGAAAUGCAGAGCGUUCACGGUGAAAUUGGAUUCGUGCAGCAGAUUCUCAGUCUGAAUUUGGUCCCGAGAGAAAAUGGCACCAGGUGCAGCAACGACACGUCGCUGUGCGACUUCUCAGAGAUGUGGUACGGCGUGUUCCUGUGGGCGGUGGUCUCCUCGCUGGUCUUCCACCUGCCCGCCGCCCUGCUGGCCCUCGCCACGCUGCGGCGGCACAAGAUGGCGCGCUUCAUGCCCAUCGCCAUCCUGCUGAUGAGCAUCCUGGGGCCGCUCUGCGGGGGGGUCCUCACCAGUGCGGCGAUCGCAGGAGUGUACAAAGCUGCAGGGAAGAAGAUGAUCUCCCUGGAGGCCUUGGUGUUUGGGGUGGGCCAAUCCUUCUGCGUGCUCAUCAUCUCCUUCCUCAGGGUCCUGGCCACACUAUAGCGCACGGCACCGAGUCCCCGCUGCUGUCGCCGCCGUGGGAGAGACCAUGUGACCAGCGUCCUGCUGCGAGGGAUGUGGCACACGUGUAUUCCUGCUCCUGACGAGGCCUUAUUCUCGAAGCCCAGCCAUCUUUGUGGGUCAUUUUCCCCAGAGCAGUCAGAGGCCUCUCAUGUGAAGGUUCUGCGCCCACACUGAGAGCUGUCUGGCAGCCCCCACCCCUCCCAUCUUACUGUGUCACAGUCUAGAACAACAGGACCAGUUGCCACCUCCUCUGUUCUUUCUCAGACAGAAACCCAUCACACAGAAACUGACCACCCUGGUACUCAAAGGCAGGGCCCACACCCCAUUUCCUUUGGAAGAUGCUGUUUGCAUUCACUUUCCCGUUAAAGACAUUCACACUGAUCUCUUAGGACCUCCACAGAGGUGCCCUCCCCCCAUGUUGGAAACACUGAUAUCUUGUUAAAUGACUCGGAGCCCUGAAACUUUUGUGGCACUGGUGUGAGCCAGUAUAAUUCUGGAAUGAUUGGACGGUGAAGUGUGAUGUCAUAACUGAGAAGCAGUGUGUGUCAUGAUGCAGUUCUUAAGAUCAGCUGCCCAAAACGUACAGGCUUCUAACAUUAUUGAAUGGAAUAAUUUUUUAUACAAAGAAAACCUCUGUGCUCUUGAAGCCUUUUGGACCAAUCUCUCAGUAUGACACAUUUUAACCAAUCAGAGCAAAGUGUGUGCACAAAAAACAUCUGUACUGUACAUAGGCGUGUUCCAGCUCCUCCUUUGUGCUGGGGGAGGGAGCAAUACGUUUACAGUUUCAAUUCUCUGACUCCCAGGGUGGGGUUUACUUCCUGAUGGGGUGGGUGCUGAUAGUUUGUGCCCCUAUGCAAUGACCUUGGAUCAGCCUCAGCGUUGUCCUCAGAAUGGUUGAGUUUGGGCUUUCUGAUCCUGGAUCAGCGUUUUGGAACACUGUCUACCCAGAGCAACCGGGACAUUUUGGAAUUUCUUUGUUGAAGUGAAAUUUGCCCCCAUUAAAACAUCUUAGAGACUGCUUUCUCUUUGUUUGAAGUCACCAGUACUUCAAGAUAAACUGUUGUGACUUCAGAACCAUGUCAGGAUGUGUA